CACCAAAGAUGGCGGCCGCGGCAAGACGGGCCUGGCUGCUGGAGGCGUCGGCACCACCCUGACCCGCAUCAAAGAUGGCGGCGGCCGCAGCGGCGAGUCUGAGGCGAGCGAGCUGGCGGCUGCUGCGCUGCCAGGCGGUUGUCAGACACCGGCUGUAUCCAGCUCAGCAUGCCGUCCACACUGCAGCUGUGCUGCAGAGAGCUUCAGAAGAGCAGAAGCAGCCGCCACCACAGUCUUCCAGCCAGGAGCAUGUGGAGUCUCCACCUGUGGGUGAGCAGCAUGAUCAAGAGCAUCCACACUCACGCCCCAGUUACACUGAUCAGGGAGGUGAAGAAUCCGAGGGCUAUGAGAGUGAGGAGCAGCUGCAGAAUCGGAUCCUGACUGCAGCCCUGGAGUUUGUGCCUACUCAUGGCUGGACAUCAGAUGCUAUUGCUGAGGGAGCCAAGUCACUGGGUCUCUCUGUUGCUGCCGCGGGGCUGUUUCACAAUGAUGGCAGUGAACUGAUCCUGCACUUUGUGUCGCAGUGUAACACUAAGCUCUCUGAACUUCUCGAGGAACAGCACAAACUGGUGCAGCUGGGCCAGGCAGAGAAGAAGAAGACUGACCAGUUUCUAAGGGAUGCUGUAGAGACCAGACUGAGGAUGCUGAUUCCAUAUAUUGAAAAAUGGCCCCAGGCUAUUAGUAUGUUGUUGAUGCCACACAAUAUCCCAGCCAGCCUCAACCUCCUGACGAGCAUGGUGGAUGACAUGUGGCAUUACGCUGGAGACCAAUCCACCGAUAUAAACUGGUAUACUCGUCGGGCAGUGCUGACUGGCAUUUACAACACUACAGAGCUGGUGAUGAUUCAGGACUCCUCUCCCGACUUUGAGGAGACCUGGACCUUCCUAGAAAACCGAAUGGCUGAUGCCAUGAACAUGGGACACACAGCUAAGCAGGUGCAAGCAACCGGAGAAGCCCUUGUCCAGGGACUCGUGGGUGCUGCUGUUACUCUAAAGAAUCUCACAGGACUGAGCCAACGCCGAUGAGGAGGGAGAGUGUGAGCCUCUUUCGCAAGACUCAUGAAGAAAUGGAGCAUGGUGUCCAGGAAUCCCGCCACAAGAACUCUAAGCUUUAGUACACGCAGAGGUCAUCAGCAUGGAUUUGGAAAGAAUGUCAAAGCUGGGGGUUUUGCUGGUUGCCAUUUACCUUUACCCACUCAGCAUAAAGUAAUGAGCAGGGUCCAUUGUUUUGUUUUGUUUUAAAAUUGUAAAUGAAUAUUGGCAGUAGCAGCUUGUCCUAAGGAGCUGGGGGAGGGGUGCGCACGUGUGCCAAAGAUGUGUCUCCUCCCCGCACUGUGGUGCCCUAGUAUGAGCUGCUACUAAAUGUUGGUAAAUUUUUGGAGCCCAGAAUGUCUUGUUUUCACACUCCCACAUAGCACACACCAUUUGGGUCUUUAGCCCAAAGAGAAAGACUUGGAGGUCAUUGGUGGAAAUGGCUUGCUCUGUGUGUCUGUAUUAGAAGUCUGUAUCGGUGCAGGCUCCUGGUGGGAUUGUCUCCUCUCUAGUCUCAGUUCUUUUCCAGGACGAAUGAUGUCAAAGGUGGCAAGCAUCCGCUCAGAGAUCAGCCCCCUAACGAUGGCUUCCCGGUGACCAUAUAUUCACAGCACUCUUGUGAACCUGCAACUUCCUCUGCUCCUGGAUAUUAACAGGCCUGUGCAUUAAUAAAACCCUUGAAAUGGC